AACGCGUGCGUCUGUUAACGUUGGUCCGGCUUCCAGCCGUUUUUUCAUUUUAAAUUGCUCAGGUUUAAGUGACACAGGAUGACCGAAAAUGUUCAAGGAACGUUCGUGUCGGAAAAAAUUGCUAAAAUCCGAUGGAAACACGAGAAUUUCGAGGAAGCUUCGAAUUUUUUGACCGGCAGUUGGGAUGAUCCGGUGAAUAAAGUGACCUAUUGGACGUUCGAAGUGAACGAUGUCGGCGAGUCUUAUCCAGCGGUAGUUACCUCCUAUGCAAUUCUUGGAAACGUGACUGAAAUUAAAUUUAUUUCAAGAGAUUUCUUUGUGGUAUCCUCAUCCGUUGGCACCGUAAGAUUAUUACAGAUCCAUGAGAAUCCAUAUUCACAAUUUAAGGCACACGCGUCCUGGGAAUCCCUACAUAAAUUCAAAACAUCUGAUUAUGCAUCUUGCACCGCAUUGUCUACUUUCGAACAAGAUAUAGUUUCUGUAGGAGAAGAUGGAAGAAUCAAUCUUCUAACUGCUGGACAGAAGAAGCCUGUUAGAGUUAUUGAAGAAGCUGAUAGCUGUUCCUUGUACUGUGUCGAUUUCUUAAGACACAAUGAAAUACUUACAGGAAAUCUUAGAGGUCACAUGAAAGUAUGGGACUUGAGAAACAAUCAGGAUUUUCCUGCAACAACAUUCAUGCUCUCAGAGCAAGCAAAAACAGAAGCCACGAGUAUCGCGCAUCAUCCAACACAGAGGCAUAUUGUUGUUGCCGGUGGUGGUGACGGUAGCUUAACAGUGUGGGAUUUGAGACACAAUACAUAUCCAAUGUCUCAACUCAAUGCUCACGCCAAGGCUGUUAGCGAAAUUCUCUUUCACCCUGAUAGACCAGAAAACUUAUUUUCCUGUUCAAAUAGCGGCGAACUGUGGCACUGGAAUAACACUCAACACUCAAAAUUGAGUCUUGAUCCUACAAAUACACAUUGGUUAAAUACAAUCGGGGCAAAUUGCAGAAUAAAUGUAACAUCGCUCUGCAGCACUAUGCACAAACCAAUAAACAGUAUUGACAUAAACAGAUCAACCCUACUAUUUGGAUGUGACAACGAAGCUAUAGAUGGCUCAACAUCCAAUAGCACAACCAUACCCUCAGCAGCACCAAAAAGUCAGGUUCAAUUGAACCCUUACACUGGUUUGCCUUAUACACCAAGAUUUCAUGAGUUUUAUAAAAAGCGGAUCACCUUGCCAGUGUUCGAGUAUCGUGCUGAUUUUAUGAGGUUAUUGUCUCAGCAUCAGUGUAUUGUACUCGUUGGUGAAACAGGAUCAGGUAAAACAACACAAAUACCACAAUGGUGUGUGGAAUAUUCAAAGUGUAUGGGCAUCAAAGGAGUUGCUUGUACACAACCAAGAAGAGUGGCAGCUAUGUCUGUUGCACAAAGAGUCUCAGAGGAAAUGGAUGUUGCAUUAGGUCAGGAAGUCGGAUAUAGUAUCCGUUUUGAAGAUUGCAGUACUCCAAAAACUGUAUUGAAGUAUAUGACUGAUGGUAUGCUUCUUCGUGAAGGGAUGUCAGAUCCAAUGCUUGAGGCCUACCAAGUGAUUCUAUUAGAUGAAGCUCACGAAAGGACUUUAGCCACGGAUUUAUUGAUGGGUGUGUUGAAAGAAGUGAUUAAACAGAGAACAGAUUUGAAGCUUGUGAUUAUGAGUGCAACAUUAGAUGCUGGGAAAUUUCAACAGUAUUUUGAUAAUGCACCUUUAAUGAAUGUACCUGGCAGAACGCAUCCUGUUGAAAUUUUUUAUACACCUGAACCUGAAAGAGAUUAUUUAGAAGCAGCUAUCAGGACUGUUACUCAGAUACACAUGUGUGAGGAGGUAGCAGGAGAUUUGUUACUAUUUUUAACUGGUCAAGAAGAGAUCGAAGAAGCAUGUAAGAGAAUCAAAAGAGAAAUGGAUAAUUUAGGUACGGACGUAGGUGAACUAAAAUGCAUACCACUAUAUUCUACACUGCCCCCGAAUCUCCAACAGAGAAUAUUCGAACCAGCACCACCCACAAAAUCAAAUGGUGCUAUUGGUAGAAAAGUAGUAGUCUCAACUAAUAUUGCAGAAACAUCAUUAACUAUCGACGGUGUCGUCUUUGUAAUAGAUCCCGGUUUCGCGAAACAGAAGGUAUAUAAUCCCAGAAUUCGUGUGGAAUCCCUUCUAGUGUCACCUAUUAGCAAAGCUUCUGCUCAACAAAGAGCGGGCAGAGCCGGUCGUACAAGACCUGGCAAAUGUUUUCGACUAUAUACGGAAAAAGCAUACAAGAACGAAAUGCAAGAAAAUACGUAUCCUGAAAUAUUAAGAUCAAAUCUUGGCAGUGUUGUAUUACAACUGAAAAAGCUUGGCAUCGAUGAUUUAGUUCACUUUGAUUUCAUGGAUCCCCCUGCUCCAGAAACUCUCAUGAGAGCUCUGGAACUUCUAAAUUAUUUGGCAGCACUAGAUGACGACGGAAAUCUCACGGAUUUGGGAGCUGUGAUGGCAGAAUUUCCAUUGGACCCUCAACUAGCGAAAAUGCUAAUUGCAUCUUGCAAUCAUAACUGCAGUAAUGAGAUUCUUAGCAUUACUGCUAUGCUUUCAGUCCCACAGUGUUUUGUGAGGCCCAAUGAAUCAAAGAAGGCUGCGGAUGACGCUAAAAUGCGAUUUGCACACAUCGAUGGAGAUCACUUAACGCUGUUAAACGUGUAUCACGCUUUUAAACAAAACUUCGAAGACCCACAAUGGUGUUACGACAACUUUGUCAAUUACCGAUCUCUGAAAAGUGGCGACAACGUCAGGCAACAGUUAAGCCGAAUAAUGGAUAGAUUUUCUUUAAAACGUACCUCGACGGAUUUUACAUCAAAAGAUUAUUAUAUUAAUAUCAGAAAAGCGUUAGUGAACGGCUUCUUCAUGCAGGUUGCUCACUUGGAGAGAACUGGACAUUAUUUAACCAUCAAAGAUAAUCAAAUUGUACAGCUUCAUCCAAGCAGUUGUUUAGACCACAAGCCUGAAUGGGUGAUCUAUAAUGAGUUCGUGCUUACGACUAAAAAUUACAUUAGAACAGUUACUGAUAUCAAACCCGAUUGGUUGCUAAAAAUAGCGCCACAAUAUUACGAUUUACAAAACUUUCCACAAUGCGAAGCAAAGAGACAAUUGGAGGUGAUCCAAACGAAAUUAGACUCGAAACAGUAUCAAGAAGGAUUCUAACCCUUAUAUAUUUUAGAUAUUUUCAAAAAUGAUGUCAAACGGUUGAUAAUGUGUGAUCGGCUCCGUUUUUUGCAUUACGCCUGACACAUACAUAUAAUACGUAAACACAAUUCACACACAUACACACGCAAACAGUUUUUUCGAACAGAAAGCCAAAAUACCAAACAUUUUGAGGCACAUCCAAAAGAGUAGUUACCUGCUCCGCAACUUUCACUUUAAUAUGUAAAGAUAAAAGACAAGUCUUAAUGAACAUUUCUAGUUUUGUACAAGCUUCAACGACUUGUACAUUUUUUAGACUCGUGUGCUGAGGAACUUCUUGAAGUAUUUGUAGACCUCGAUUUAUCCCUCGAUUAUAAAGCAAAUGAAAAAAAUUGACGUUUAAUCUGCUAGACGCACGCGGAAAGCAUAUAUAGUUGAUUGAUAAAUGAUUUAUUUAUGUACAUUAAAAAAAAGUGUAGCGAUUAAGUAAUUUUACCAGUAGAAUUUGUUGUUCGACGUUUGCACACUUGGAAUAUAAUACUAGAUAAAGAUAGAUUAAUUUUUGUAUUAAAUGUUGAACAUGGUAUGAUAAUUAAGACGCGUACAAUGCCUGAUUAUGGAUAAUUGAAGGGCAAUGGCUACACAGAAUUAUCGAACCAAAUUAUGUUUUUUUCCUUGUACGUUUAAAGAAAGUAGUGCUAUUUAACGUGUUACGUAUUUCACUUUUUUUCUAACUACAUACAGUCAAGAGCAUCAUAUAAUAUUUAUUGUGCUUACAAUGGAGCUAAGCAACUUGCCACCAAACAUUCAUCUUCGUUUAUAAGCGACACAAUUGCGUUGUUUCCCUAAUUUCACAUGAAAAGUUCCCUGCUAAUUAAACGAUACUUCUAAUAAAGAAAGGAAGUAAUUGCGUUAAAACGCGAGUAAGAGAAAUCGUGAUGUUAACAGAUAUUUUAAAAAGAACUACACGCAGUAGGUUUACAAGAAACAAAUCAAAUUAUUCUUAUUUAUCAAUACUAGUAUAAUAGAAAUGAUAAAUCAUCCUUCAGAAUAUAAUACUUGACCAACUUUUAAUAUCGUAUGCGUAACGAACAGAACUUUGAAUUUUCUAGUUUAUUAUUAGACUGCGGAUUUUAUGCAUUUGUUGCAUUUUUGAAAUUUUGAAACUCGAUAUCGAAUAAUGUUUUCUCUUUGGAAUAUGACAAAAUCUCUCAUAGAGUAAAACAAUUCUUUCGAUUAUUUAUUUUGUUCACAAAAACUUAUUUUAGCAUAAGAAUUCGCAGUUGACUUAUUGUAUAUUCGUGGAAUUUAAAUAGUAUCAGAAAAUCGCUGUAAAAUUAAUUUUUUGCUAUCGAAGAUGCGGUUUCGCUUGUUUGAAUGCAUUCAGUGAUUAUUUUAAUUUUUGUAAAUAAAAAUUACACAGGUAUCCAAAAGGGUAUGCAUAUACAGGAACCACAGAACGAUCGUGAACAGUUUUCAUUGUAUUGUAUCACUUCAUUCCAAUAAAACAUUGAAAAUAUCACGAGUCAAA